AUGCGCUCCGAUGCCGCAGCACCGCUAACCUCGCGCCUCGUUCCCUCUAGGUACUGGCACGCCCUCUUCUACCUCUUCAUCGGCCUGCUCGCGCUCGAGCUCGUUCUGACGCCCAUUCCCGCCGUCUAUGGUACCUACUCGACCGCCAUUGGCUUCCUGGGCCUCGGCAUCGAGGCCAUCCUUCCGAUCCCCCAGAUCCUCACCAACGCCCGCGUCCAGUCUUGCAAGGGGUUCCGCGUCUCCCUGUUGGCGAGCUGGCUCAUCGGCGACGCCAUGAAGGUCUUUUGGUUCUUCACGGCCUCGACCGAAAUCCCGCCGGCCUUCAAGAUGUGCGGCAUCUUCCAAGCCUGCUGCGAUUCCCUCCUGGGCAUCCAGUACGUCAUGUACGGCGACAACAGCGCAGCGCCUGUGGUCGUCAAGGAGCACCCGCUCGAGGACUUCCAGCCGGGCACCUUCAAGCCGCCCGUCUUGGAGAUAAACGGGCGGCCGACGCAGGCGUGA